UGUCACUCGUGCCAGCUGGAUGGCACACGCGGCGUAUGAUUAAUAUUGGUCUUGGUCUUCUAAGACUGUUUUAUUGGAUUUUGGCGCAAGAAGGCAAAAAAGCCGGCUAAAGUGUCCCCCGUGGGUGUGUGUGUGCACGUGUUGCCGGAAAUACUUUGAGCAAUCGAAACGAAGCUGAAACAAAAGCCUAAGCAAAUUAACUUGGCCCAUUCGUUAUAUUGCGAGCAUUGUUCUAGUGGUUAUUAUGUUUGGUUUUUUGCCCAGCCCCCUGCCAGCACGAAAGUAGGUUAAUUGACGUGUGUUGUGGGCGUAUCUACAAGGAAAAUAAUAAAACAGGAAAAAAACAGCGUACCUACAUGUAUAAAAACAACUACAAGAGCAGCAAGUGAAGUGGUCAAUUGCCCACAGCCCGAGGCCUCUGAACCCUCUCGAUAAAAUAAAGGAGUGUGAGCAGAAAGUCAAGCUAAUUUAAGGUCACUCGUGGAGGAGGCAGAUCCUUGGAGCGGGAACAGCCAAUGCAACCUGCACAGACAUCAUUAGACGUGAAUAGCAACCACACAAAAUGCUGAUACUGCUGCCGCUGCUUGGUAUUUUUGGUAAUGGUCUCGUUGCUGAAGUCGAGGCGAGUCUGAGUCUGGGCUUUAAGGCCAUCAAAUUGCCCAGGCAUCCGAAUCCGGCCAAUUGCAGCGUUGGCAACACAACAUUCGCACAUGGAGUCACAUUUAAAUUGGAUUGUAAAACUCAAUGCGUUUGCGAGAAUGGCCGCCACGCCUGCUCGACGCUCUGUCCCAACGAGCAGCUCCCGGCGCCGGAGGACACGAUUUCCUGCCGAUCGCCGCGCCUCGUCGAAGUUCCCGGCCACUGUUGCAAGAUGUGGCUAUGUGAGAAUCCAACAGCUGAUGUUUACGCCACCUGCCAUAACAGCACAACCAGCGGCAAUUGGACUGCCUGCAGCCAAAGCUGCGGCCUUGGAACCGCUACGCGGCACACCACCACCCACGCUGGCUGCCAUCAACUGAGCAAUUUGCGGCUCUGCGAGAAUCGCAGGUGCGACAAGGACGAGUACGAGGACAAUAAGCGGAGCAGGAGCAUACCGUUAACGCACAAGCGGAAGCAGCAUCAUGCCCACAGCCACUCCCAUCAGCAUUAUCAUCAUCAUAAGAAGGGGCACGAGGAGCCGGCCCACCGGAUACGAAAGGGCCACGAGUGUCGGAGCAUCCAGCGACUGGGUCCUGCCAGGAUUCGACUGGGCGAGUGCGUUUCCCGAAAGCUGUAUCGACCGAAACUCUGUGGCCGUUGCCACCGCGGGGUCAAGUGCUGUGCCCCGGCGGUGUCCACCACGAUACAGGUCGAGCUGCUGUGCCCCUUAAAUGCUGUCGAUCCAAUUAACUACGUACAGCACCAAGAGAUGGGCAGAAAAAGGCAGCACAACGAGGUUGACGAUGAGGAGGAUGAGGAUGUGAACCAUGAGGCGGUGGUGGAAAAUGCACAGUUAUGGGAUACGGUCGCCUUGGAGCCAAUCGAUCAGGAAUUCCUGCAAUCGCAUCAGAUACAAAUCGAGAAUAAAUUCAUUGCCGUCGAAUGGAUACUGAAAUGUGAAUGCAGCACGAAGAAUUGCAACGCCGACAGCAGCAGCAGCAACUUCACUAGCAACACCAACGACAAUAUGUCUAACACAAAUAAAUAUGGUUAUUACAAUAGCAAAAACCAUAACCAAGGCCGGAACCACGAAAUUAAUGGCGAACCAAAUGAGCCAACCGACAACAAUAUUGGCAACAACAAGGACAACGAAGAGGAUGUGGCUGACAACAGCAACAACAUUGACCACAACGAUGUGGACACCAUGUCCUCGGAACAACAGCCGGAUAUUAUACCCUAUCCGCUGAGCGUGGGCGAAUCCAGUUGGAAGGCCGAAAAACUACGACAGCAGCAAAAUCAACAGCACUGGCAGCAACUCACAUAGCGUAAAGUAUUCCCACGCAAGUCAUAAAAUAAAACCGGAUCGGCCGAGGGCAGAGAUAUAUGUAGAAGGGAGUAGAGUCUAAGAUUUGUACAGCAUAGCGAUACUUAAGGCCCCAAGGAUGGUUAGGAUUGUAAAGGAAAAUUGGAAAGGCGAUGCAUGUUAUACUUAGGAUUUGAACAUAUCGAGGCAGUAAGUUAAGGUAUGUGAACGAUAGGGUUAGUACUAAACCAAGGGCAAACAACAAACAGGCCGAAUAUAACAAAAUAUUUUUGCAAGCAUCUAUAUACAAAAAAAGAAAAACAAACGCGACAAAGAACAAAGAAAGGGAAAAGGAAAAUUUUCAGAAAAUCAUUUGAAUGGAAUGCUGCCCAAUAAUAACGUAUAUGGUAAUAAUAAUUUUAAAGAAAUAGAAGUAAAAAGGCUUGAACAAUGGAAGAAAACCAAUGAGCAAAUGCUAAAUUCGUGUGCAUUCAAGUUAUAACUGUGCUACAUACUCACUUGUAUUCAGAUCUACACGUAAGCCUAAGACUCUGCUUGAACAAAGAAUUUAGCUGGAUGUAAAUGGAGAAAGCCCGGGGUUUCCUGGUCGUAGUUUACGUUAUGCCCUCCUCCAACCACACAUAUCCCCCGAAAAUAUCCCGAAACGAGUUCUCUGAUUUAGGUCAUGUGACUAGCGAAGCUUAGCCAUCACCCAUAUCAAUUGUAUCGAUGUAAGUCAACUCUUAGCUAGCGUCAGAGUUAUCCGUGUGCAGGCGAAAUUCAAAUAAAUUAAAUGCGAAAAUAUAAAA